AUGGCCGCUUCUGUAACGGCCACCGCCCGAACAAAUGGGAUCACCUCACACUUAAAUGGAAUCACUUCCGAUACCAAUGGGAUCUUCGCACACGCAAAUGGGGCUGUGGUAGCUGCUCCUCCAAAGCCGAGAGUGGUUGAGAACUUCCGGCCAUUGCGUGUCAUUAUCAUUGGUGCUGGCUUUUCCGGCAUCUACUGCGGUGUACGCAUCCCAGAGAAGCUACGCAACAUUGACUUGACCAUAUACGAGAAGAAUGCCGGUAUAGGAGGUACUUGGUAUGAAAAUCGUUACCCAGGGUGUGCCUGUGAUAUUCCAUCUCAUUCAUACCAAUACACAUUUGCACCCAAUCCUAACUGGAGUGACUGGUAUGCUCCGGCAGCAGAGAUUCGCCAGUAUCUCGAGUCCAUUGCAGAAAGGUACUCUGUGGAGAGGUUCAUUAAAACCUCACAUAAAGUAACAGGUGCGACUUGGGAUUCGCAGGCUUCGAAAUGGCAUGUGACAGUCAACAAUCUUACAACCGAAGAAAUUAUUCAUGAUACGGCGGACAUUGUCAUUAGUGCGAGAGGUUCUCUGAAUGAAAUGGCAUGGCCAAAUAUCCCUGGAGUUCACGAGAUGAAGAUCCCAGUUAUGCACUCUGCAGCAUGGGAUGAUAGCAUCAACUUCGAAAACAAGAAGAUUGGCGUAAUUGGCGGCGGAAGUAGCGCAAUUCAAAUCAUUCCCGUCUUACAACGCCUGCCCGGUGUGAAGCUCGACUGCUUUAUCAGAAGUAAGACGUGGAUCUCCAAACCCUUGGGAGAAUCUGCCAUGGCCAUUCUCGGGACUCAGAGCACUCGAUUCACCCAGGAGGAAAAGGAUCGUUUCGCCAACAAUCCAGAAUACUAUCUGAAAUACCGAACAACAAUUGAGCGAGACGGAAACUCUAUUCACAGCGUCACGAUGAAGGACUCGCCAAUGCAGGCCGAUGUUCGAGAUGCCUUUACACAACUCAUGAAGGAGAGACUGGCCAAAAAGCCUGAGAUUUUUGACACUCUUCUUCCCAGCUUCGGCGUCACCUGCAGAAGGCUCACGCCCGGUCUGGGCUACCUUGAAGCCCUGGUUCAGGAUAAUGUUGACUUCAUCAACACGCCCAUCGACAAGGCAACCCCAACAGGAUUGGUGCUCAAGAACGGAGAGACGAGGGAAUUGGACAUCCUCGUUUGUGCGACAGGUUUCCAGACUUCUGCGCCGCCCCCAUUCACCGUUACUGGGAGGAACAAUACGACGAUGCAGGAAAAGUUCGAGCCGUUCCCCGAGACUUACCUCUCUCUCGCCACGGAUGGAUUCCCCAACUACUUUAUGAUGAUGGGCCCUAAUGCUGCUAUUGGCACGGGACCACUCACGACCAUGAUCGAGAAGACCGGAGACUACAUCGUCAAGUGUAUCCGCAAGCUCCAAAAGGAGAACAUUUCAAGCAUGGAACCCAAAGCCGCUCGGGUGAAAGACUUCUCUCAGAUCAUUGAGAAGUAUUUCGACAAGACUGUCUACCUUGAUGAGUGUAAUAGCUGGUACAAGAAGAAAACGAGCAAGGGUGAUCGGAUCGUUGGUAUUUGGCCGGGUAGUGCACUGCAUGCAAUGGAGACUCUCCGCUCCCCCCGCUGGGAAGAUUUCGACUACACGUUCGAGGAGGAUAAGGAUGGAGCAAGCGGCAACCGGUUGGCUUGGUUGGGCGACGGCUGGUCUGCUCCCCAGGUGGAUGAGGAUGCGGGAGAUUUGGCAUAUUUCAUCCAGCCGGGCUUACUGGAUAUUCCCACUGAGCCCCUUCCCGAAAACAACCCAACCUUUAGGAAGCUGGCGUUUUCUCACUAG